GUUUUAUUAAAGAAAAGAAUUGACGUCUUGCAUUCGUUUAAAAAAAAUGCUGAUCAUUUGUAAAUCCAAAUUGCUUUAUCAGUACUAAAAUGAAGGGCGUUAUAAAACCUGUAAGCAACGUUAAACCCUUUACCAAGAUAUUCUAUAAUAACGAUUGGCAUGAUUCUAUUAAUGGCAAGAAGUUUUCGACCUAUAAUCCUGCAACAGAGGGAAAAAUUUGCGAUGUUGAGGAAGGCGACGAAGCUGAUAUAAAUGAAGCAGUAGAAUCUGCUAAGAUGGCAUUUAAUUUACCAUCAUCUUGGAGAUUACUAGAUGCUUCUAAAAGAUCUUUAAUUAUGUUAAAGAUGGCAGAUAUAUUGGAAGAAAAUACAUCUUUGCUAGCGAGUUUGGAAUCAAUUGAUUCAGGCAAACCAUUUAAGGAUUCAGUAAAUGAUGUAGUUUUAGCUAUUGGCGUUUUGAGAUAUUAUGCUGGUUGGUGUGACAAAAUUACUGGCCAAACAAUACCAGUAGAUGGAUUCUAUUUUACCUAUACAAAACGUGAACCCAUUGGAGUUGUUGGAGCUAUUGUCACAUGGUGUUAUCCAAUCAUUAUGUUCAUAUACAAGAUGGCCCCAGCUGUAGCAAUGGGGUGCACAAUAAUAAUCAAACCUGCAGAAGAAACAUCUUUGACAUCCCUUUAUUUGGCAUUUUUUGCCAAAGAAGCAGGUUUUCCUCCAGGAGUGAUAAGCGUUGUCCCUGGUAGGGGUGAUGUGGCAGGCAAAGCCUUGGCUCACCAUAUGAGUGUCGAGAUGAUCACCUUCACGGGAUCUUGUAAGGUUGGCAAAUUGAUUCAACAAGCCAGUGGCUUAUCAAAUCUUAAAAGAGUCAAAUUAGAACUUGGAGGGAAAAGCCCUACCAUCGUGUUUGGGGAUGUAGACGUCGAUUUCGCAGUUCAAAAAGCCCAGGAAGCCUGUUUCUUCAAUAUGGGUCAAUGCUGUUCUGCCGGGAGUCGCACCUUUGUUCACGAAUCAAUUUAUGCCGAAUUCAUCAGCAAAAGCCGGGAGAGGGCAACUAAAUUGACCGAACUCCUGGGUGACCCCUUCGAUAAUACCAAGCAAUAUGGACCUCAGAUAAGCGAAAAACAGCUCGAUUCCGUUUUAGACUUCAUAGAGAUUGGUAUGCAAGAUGCAGCUAUUCUUGAGGCCGGUGGUCAUAGGGUAGACUGCAAGGGUUUCUUUCUGCAACCGACGGUAUUUUCUGGUGUCACAGAUACCAUGAAGAUCGCCAGCCAAGAAAUAAUGGGGCCGAUACAACAAAUCCUAAAGUUUAAAACUGUGGAGGAAGUCAUUGAUAGAGCCAAUUCCAACGAAUGCGGAAUGGCGGUAGGCAUAAUGACUAACGAUAUCAAUAGAAUUCUCUACCUAUCAUCUGCGCUCAGAUCUGGAUCCAUAUGGAUAAAUUGUUAUCAAGCCAUAAAACAACAAACUCCUUUCGGUGGUUACAAACAAUCCGGGCUCGGCCGUGAGUUUGGCGAAGAGAGCGUCUACAGUUACACGGAGCUUAAAACGAUAACUAUUGCAACGCAAGAAAAAUUACCCUAACCUUUCUCUCUUGUGCUACACAUAAAUAUUUGAGUUUUAUAACCAAUUUUUUUAAAAAACAUUAUUUAAUUAGAAAUAUAUAUUUAUAAUUUUUUUUUAUUUAAUUAAAAAAUUGUUAAAUUUAAAACUUCUAGAAAUCAUGAUAAGUAUUUUGCUGUAUUUAUCAAGCACGCUCCGAUUUGUAAAGCUAACAAAUAUAAUAAAUAACAUUGUGUAUAUAUUACACUAAAGUAUGUAUUUUGUUAUCUAAAUGUAAUAUUACCAAUUUAGAAAAUUAUUAUUUUUCAAGUUCUUAUAUAAAUAAUAUCCAAAUGUUAUGUUAACAUCAAUGCAAUUAUAUAUAAUUAGAUAAAAUCAUUUUAUUGGAGGGAGGGGGGUUUCUAUUUUAAUAUAUAUCAUAAAUACAAUAUUAAAAUAUAAUCUUUAUGUUUUUUUAUAUCAAUAAAAAAAGUUAUAUAUUUUUAAAAACAAUAAAUUUUGUAUUUGGCAUAAAGGUUGCAUUGUCACUUUUAGCUUCAAUAUUAUAAAAUUUGUAUUAAUUAUCAUCCAUAAUUUAUUUAUUUGGUAUAAAAAUUUCAAUAUCUAUAGUUAGCAAUUAAAUUUUCAUUUUUUUGUAUAAUUAUAAUAUUCACUAUUUAGGAAAUUUUUCAGUUUGUCAUUCAUAAAACCUCCAUAGUUAUUUUUAUUUUAAUCUAAUGUAGUUAAUUCUAUUUUCUUAAAACGGGUAAUUUAUUUAUUUUUUAAAAUAUUUAUUAUACUAUAUUAUAUU